ACCCCCCCGGACCAGCGAGCCGACCCCGCAGCCCGCCUGCUAUAAGCAACAGCAGCGGCAGCAGCCGCAGCCGAGCGCAACCAGCCGACGCCACCGCCCCCCGCCCCCUCCCCGUCCCCCUCCUGCCGCCUCCCCGAUCCGCGCCGCCCUUGCCGACCCGGAGCCCGGCGGCCGGUCGGUGCGGGAAUGCGGGUUCCUCGCGCCGCGAUUGACUGAUUGAUUGAUCGAUUCAGUGGUAGUGGUGGUCGCGCGCCGAGGCGGUGAUGGGCUGCUUCCCGUGCUUCGGCCCGGGGCGCGAGGAGGAGCUCGAGUACUACGGCGGCAAUGGGGGUGCGGCCGGGUGGGCGGCCGCGUCCUCGUCCGCCGCCGCUGCUGGCGGCGGAGGCGCGGAGGCGGCCGUGGAGGUGCCGCCGCGCGCCGAGAGGAUCCCCGCAGGGGUGGACAAGUCGCGCGCCAAAGGCAAUGCCGGCUCGAAGAAGGAGCUUGCGGUUCUCAAGGACGCCAACGGCAAUGUCAUCUCUGCGCAGACCUUCACAUUCCGCCAGCUCGCAGCCGCGACGAAGAACUUCAGGGAUGAAUGCUUCAUUGGGGAGGGAGGGUUCGGGCGCGUUUACAAGGGCCGUCUGGACACCACUGGCCAGGUUGUUGCUAUCAAACAGCUUAAUAGGGAUGGUAAUCAAGGAAACAAAGAAUUUCUAGUGGAAGUUCUCAUGCUCAGUUUGCUUCAUCAUCAAAACCUUGUCAGUUUGGUUGGUUAUUGUGCUGAUGGAGAUCAACGCCUUCUCGUGUAUGAAUACAUGCCACUUGGAUCAUUGGAAGACCAUCUGCACGAUCUCCCUCCUGGCAAGGAGCCCUUGGAUUGGAACACUAGGAUGAAAAUUGCGGCAGGUGCUGCUAAAGGGCUGGAGUACCUUCAUGACAAGGCACAGCCACCAGUUAUAUACAGGGACUUUAAGUCAUCAAAUAUUCUAUUGGGAGAGGGUUUCCAUGCAAAGCUAUCCGACUUUGGUCUUGCCAAGUUGGGCCCUGUUGGUGAUAAGUCUCAUGUUUCAACACGUGUUAUGGGAACAUAUGGUUAUUGUGCUCCAGAAUAUGCUAUGACAGGACAACUUACAGUUAAGUCAGAUGUUUAUAGCUUUGGAGUUGUCUUGCUUGAGUUGAUUACUGGCCGGAAGGCCAUUGACAGCACCAGACCAGCCUCAGAGCAAAACCUUGUGUCAUGGGCACGGCCUCUUUUCAAUGACAGGCGGAAGCUCCCAAAGAUGGCUGACCCAGGGCUAGAGGGGCGAUUCCCUACGCGUGGACUUUACCAGGCACUUGCGGUGGCAUCAAUGUGCAUCCAGUCUGAGGCUGCGUCUCGCCCGCUCAUUGCCGACGUUGUGACCGCUCUUUCCUAUCUUGCGAACCAGAUUUAUGAUCCUAGUCCAGUCAACAUCACCAAGAAGGGCGGCGGUGACCAAAGGAGCAGGGUCGGCGACAGCGAAAGGGCGGUUUCCAGGAACGACGGCACAGGCAGCUCUGGCCAUAGGUCGCCGAGCAAGGACAGGGACGACUCCCCCAGGGAGCAUGCCACGGGGACCGCGAACAAGGGCCUGGAAAGGGAGCGGAUGGUGGCCGAGGCGAAGAUGUGGGGCGAGAACUGGCGGGAGAAGCAGCGCGCCGCUCAGGGUAGCCUGGAUUCUCCGAAAGGAGGUGGGUAACGUCACUCACCAAGGGCUGUUUUGCCUGUGCGUGGUCUCUGUCUCAGACUGUGUUUUAGCCUUUGUUUGGUUGGGUAUGAAGAAGACAGAAUUGGGUUUCCGGUGUUGUUAGAUGUACAUUCGUAGGGUUAAAACAAAACAAAAACGUGAUUUAAAAAGCGGAGCAGGGAAGCAUUGGGUGAUUUGCUCUGCAUGUGGUCGAGUCGUGCCUGUAAAUUCAGAAAAUUUUGCAACUUUGGAGGACAAGUUUGAACCUCAUUCUGUCGCA